AUGAAACUAUCCACAACCUCCAUCAUCCUCUGCCUUUCCAGCGCCUGCGCCGCCGGCGUAGUAGCCCCUCGUGCUGGCGCAAUACCUGACGUCCUAACCCACUCCAGCACUGCACCCAUAGGUCUGGCACCCCCGGUUGGUGUGCACAGGGAACUCAAAGAUGGCAGUGCGAUUCAGUUAGUAACCCCCUCCACCCGCGUACACUGUAUAUACGACAUCGUAAUUACAUGA